AUGAAAUUCACUACAACAGCAGCAGCAGCAGCAGCAGCUACCACUUUCUUCGGGUUAUCCUUAGCUCAAGUCAAAUACGAAUACGUCCAUGUCACAAACUAUGUCACUGUUGGCGCUAAUGGACAGGCCACCACAACCACCCAAGCACAACAAACCCCGGAACAACCCUCAGCAUCAACUUGGGUUUUCUCAACCAACAUUUUAGGACAAAAUAUUGCAUUCACUAGUGUUGUCACCAACCCUGCUGAGGCAGGUGCCACUUUGUACCGUGAAAACUUGGUUAUCCAAAGCGGAGAUUCCUUGACUACUGAAAAAGUAGCAGUUAUUGCCAAUCCAUCUACUUUGACAACAUCAACCUUGUCUGAGGAUGAAGCUUCCUCUGAGUCGGGUUCAGCCCUUGUUUCAUUCACCCCUUCAUCCCAAUCUUCACAACCAACUCAACAAGCUGCUGAAGCUACAUCUACCUCAGCUACUUCUACAUCUACCUCAGGUACGUCUACCUCAGCUCCAACGACUACUUCUCAACAACAAACCACUUCGCAACAAUCAGCUGCUCCAGCCACCACCUCAUCUUCCUCAUCACCUUCAUCCACUUCAUCCACUUCAAGUGGUGACUUUGGAAAUGUUCAAGAUGAAUCUUUCUCUAAAGACAUUCUCGAUGCACACAACUCCAAGCGUGCUUUACACGGUGUUUCUGCUUUAUCUUGGGAUCAAGAUGCAUAUCAAUACGCUCAAAACUACGCCAACCAGUACUCUUGUUCUGGAAACUUGCAACACUCUGGUGGUAAAUAUGGUGAAAACUUGGGUGUUGGUUACAAGUCCGGUUCGACUGUUGUUGACGCUUGGUACGAUGAAGGAAACAACUACAACUACAACACCGCCUCUUCCUUUGAUCACUUUACUCAAGUAGUCUGGGAAGGUACCACCAAGGUUGGUUGCGCAUACAAGGACUGUAGCGCUCAAAACUGGGGUAAGUACAUCAUUUGCUCCUAUGACCCUGCUGGAAACAUUGUUGGUCAAGGAAAAGCCAACAUCAAGGCAUUGGUGUAA